AUGGACAGACACCGCCGCCGUGAUGAGUCUCCCUCCGGUCUAUCAGAUAUUGUCGAGCCGGACGGGCUCUUAGGGACCGGCAUCACGUCUCGUCAUCUUGAGGCCUUCGGGCGGAAAGUCACAUCGACUGCUGGCCAUUUGAUGGGACCGGCCCCCGAUUCCUCCAGCGGCGGCCACUAUCACAGUGCCAUGGUCGACAUCCAGCGCGAACUACGCCAUCCUACCACCCAGCGCAAAGUCUUCUCCCUCACCCAGACCACCCCGACCGAUCUGGUCCGCUCCAAGCUCUCCACCACCGAAAUCCAGUCCCGGGCCAUCUCCUCCCUUCCCGACGACCUUCUCGCCAACAUCCCCGACGAUUCCAGUUCAUAUUCACUCUUCCAGGGGUUCCAGGCCUCCCAAGAUGACAUCGAGUAUCGACGCGCCCACCGCCGGCGCUCCUCCAAGAGCAAAAAGCUAUUGAAGGAUGGGGAGACAGGCGGCGCCCUACCUUCCGCCCCGUCGGACCUGAAGAAGGAACGUGAUCUGUUGAGCCGUCGCAUGGAACUGAUGGGCGUUCGCAAGAAUAUGUGUAGUUCGGAAAUACACGACAUAGACAACAAGAUUGCCAAUCUUCACAAUAUGCGCAAGAUUGUGCUAGACCGGCUGGCGGGCCUUGAGAUGGAGGAGGCGGAGCUGGAACAUGAACUGACCCAGGUAGAGAACAAGUUGGAGGAUCUACAAGAAGAAGAGCCUGAGGUGGCGCCUCCGGCCACUCCAAAGUCAUCGGAGGCAAACGACGAUUCCGUUGCCUCAGAAGAUCCAGCUAUGGGUACAUCGUUCAUGUCCGAAUCCAUUUACCAAAAGAUUCCCUCGCCGAAGAGCGUGAAGCAGCGAUCUAUAAGGAAACGAUCUAUGCCGGUUCUGCACGAGCACUUCGCCCCUGGUUCUGAGAUCAAGGAGAUGCACGCGCAUUCCGACAUCGUCACUGCCAUUGACUUCGACUAUCCAUUUGGCACCAUGAUUAGUGCCGCCCUGGACGAUACGGUGCGGGUGUGGGAUCUCAACGUCGGCCGCUGUAUGGGCUUUUUGGAGGGACACAAUGCAUCUGUCCGCUGUUUGCAAAUUGAGGACAACAUUGUCGCCACAGGAUCUAUGGACGCCUCCGUCAAGCUUUGGGAUCUGAGCCGUGCCCGGACCACGGCUCGUGACAACCGUAUCACCCGGCGCGAUGACGACGAUGAUUCCGCGCACGCCGAUGACGCCUCGAUGGCGUCUCAUUCUACUACUCUGGAGGACUGCUUCACAUACUCACUGGAUGCGCAUGUCGACGAAGUCACCGCGCUCCACUUCAAAGGGGACACCCUAAUCUCUGGAUCUGCCGACAAGACGUUGCGACAGUGGGAUCUGGUCAAAGGACGCUGCGUGCAGACGCUGGAUGUCCUGUGGGCAGCAGCGCAGGCGUCGACGCUGGGAGGAGACACAGCAUGGCGCCCAUCCGGACGCCUGCCGGACGCUUCGGCAGACUUUGUCGGGGCGAUUCAGUGCUUCGAUGCAGCUCUGGCAUGUGGUACGGCGGAUGGUAUGGUGCGCCUGUGGGAUCUCCGCAGCGGCCAAGUCCACCGCAGCCUAGUCGGACAUACCGGGCCCAUUACGUGCCUACAGUUUGACGAUGUACACUUGGUGACGGGAAGUCAGGACCGUAGUAUCAGAAUAUGGGAUCUCCGAACCGGAUCUAUCUUCGAUGCAUACGCUUACGACAAACCCAUCACCAGCAUGAUGUUUGACACCAAGCGCAUUGUCGCGGCAGCCGGCGAGAGCGUUGUCAAGGUAUACGACAAGGCGGACGGCAACCACUGGGACUGUGGUGCCGGAGUUGGCGUCGACGAAACCGGGCCGAUGCCGGCCACUGUCGAGCGUGUCCGCCUCAAGGACGGCUUCCUCGUCGAGGGCCGCAAGGACGGUAUCGUUGCGGCAUGGACUUGUUGA